AUGCAGACACUCGCCAGCGACCUGGAGUACGUCCUCCUCAAUAAACUCGUGCCCUUCGAAGUAGACGAGGACGAGCUUCAUGCACUCGUCGAUGAUACAGUCGUUCACGUAAACAAACUAUUGUCUUGUUGCAAGACAGGGUCUCACGACGAGGCGAAAGCCUACGUGGAUAAUUUCUGCGAUGAAAUAGCCAGUGAUUGGGACAUGUGUCUGAUGUCUGAAGAACCCAUUGAUAGAUUGUGGCAAGCUGUGAUCGAAUCGAUCAUCAAUUGGCUUUCUGAAGACGUUGAUCUCAAUACGUAUAACGAUACCAACCGGCGAUAUCUCGGGAACAGCAUCAUCGUACUGGUGGGUAUGGUGUAUGCCGACGCUUCUUACUACCGUCCUGGCCUUUCCACUUUCAAGACGGGGAUAGCGCAUGCCGACGCUUCUACCUCCCGUGCUGGCCCUUCCACUUCCGAGGCACCCGUACAAGACGCCGUAUCAGACACCUCAGACGAUGCAGACGUAUUAUCUUCGACUCAUUCUAACUCUUCCGGGGCUCAUUCUGACUGCACCGAGGACAAUAAGGGCAAGUCGCGCCGUACCGCUGACUACAAGGGCAAGCCGCGUUGGCUCUCUGGCAAUGACAAAGAAAAUGACGGUCAGACUACUCCUCAGAAGCGCAAGGCUGACGAGGUCUUCGACACGAACGACGACAAGAUCGUCGGUUCUCCACGCAAGAAAUCUUGGGAGCAGGACAGCAUCGCUGAAACUGGAUUCCUCGGCACUGCGGACGAGCCUGGACCUGAUAAGGAGGCUGGCGAAGAAAUGGACAUGGACAAGGCAAAAAACUUUCCGUAG